GGACGGUCACACUCAUAGGCUAAAAAGUGCAAAAAAACUAAAAUUUCGGCGUAAUUAAUAGUAAAAUAUUUUGAGGAGUAGUCCACUAUCCAAACCCCAGACGGACCCACACACACACAAGAGAGAUGUCUCUGAAGCCAAAAAUAGUGGAAUUUGUUGAUGUUUGGCCGCGCUUGCGCUGCAUAGCAGAAUCGGUGAUAACAUUGAGCAAAGUGGAACGAGCCGUAUGGAAUACGAGUUUUAGCGAUGUAUAUACGUUAUGCGUGGCGCAGCCGGAACCGAUGGCCGAUCGUCUGUACACCGAGACAAAGCAUUUCCUCGAGAAGCAUGUUCAGGAGAUGCUCGCCCAGAAGGUGCUCUCGGAAACGGAUGCAGCGAACGCGAAUAAAUCCCUCAGCAAGCCGGAUUUGCUGCAACGCUACUACACCACCUGGAUGGAGUAUAGCCAGGGCAUCAAGUAUCUGCAUCAGUUGUACAUCUAUCUGAACCAGCAGCACAUCAAGAAACAAAAGAUCACCGACACGGAAUCGUUCUACGGCAAUGUGUCGGGCGAUGCAGCAGAACAGAUGGAAAUUGGCGAGCUUGGUCUUGAUAUAUGGCGACUUUAUAUGGUCGAGUAUCUGGCCACGGAGCUGGUGCGACACGUGCUCGAAGGCAUUGCCGCGGAUCGGGCCAGCAAUGGGACCCUCGACCAUCAUCGUGUGCAGAUCAUCAACGGUGUCAUCCACAGUUUUGUUGAAGUGCAGGACUACAAGAAGAGCGGCUCGCUAAAACUCUACCAGGAUCUGUUCGAGGCCCCCAUGCUUGAGGCCAGCGGCGCCUACUACACAGACGAGGCCAACAAGCUGCUGCAGCGAUGCACCGUCUCCCAGUACAUGCAGGAGGUGAUCCGAAUACUGGAGUACGAAAGCAGACGAGCACAAAAGUUCCUCCAUGUGAGCUCGCUGGCCAAACUGCGGAAACAAUGCGAAGAGAAGUUUAUCAACGAUCGUUUGGGCUUCAUCUACUCGGAGUGCCGCGAGAUGGUGUCCGAGGAGCGGCGGCAGGAUCUGCGGAAUAUGUACAUCGUGCUGAAGCCCAUACCCGACCAUCUGAAGUCCGAGCUCAUACAAACCUUCCUCGAGCACAUCAAGAACGAGGGCCUGGAGACGGUCUCCGCGCUUAAGGGCGAGAACAUACACAUCUCCUUCGUUGAGAAUAUGCUGAAGGUGCAUCAGAAGUAUCAAGAACUCAUCGGCGACGUUUUCGAGAACGAUUCACUGUUCCUCAGCGCCCUCGACAAGGCCUGCGCCAGUGUAAUCAAUCGUCGACCCAGUGAGCGGGUGCCAUGUCGCAGUGCCGAGUAUGUGGCUCGCUACUGUGAUACUCUGCUAAAGAAAUCGAAGACCUGCGAGGCGGAAAUCGAUCAGAAGCUCACCAACAACAUCACCAUAUUCAAGUACAUCGAGGACAAGGAUGUCUAUCAAAAGUUCUACAGUCGAUUGCUAGCCAAGCGAUUGAUACACGAGCAGAGCCAGAGUAUGGAUGCGGAGGAGGGCAUGAUCAACCGAUUAAAGCAAGCCUGCGGCUACGAAUUCACCAAUAAGCUGCAUCGCAUGUUUACGGACAUUUCAGUAUCAACAGAUCUGAACAAUAAGUUCAACACUCACCUAAAGGAUACCAAUGUCGAGCUGGGAAUCAAUCUGUCGAUUAAGGUCCUGCAGGCUGGCGCUUGGCCUUUGGGCUCUACGCAGGUUAUACCAUUUGCAGUGCCACAGGAGUUUGAAAAAUCAAUUAAAAUGUUUGAGGACUAUUAUCAUAAAUUAUUUAGUGGCCGUAAGCUAACGUGGCUUCAUCACAUGUGCCAUGGCGAGCUGAAGCUGAGUCAUUUAAAGAAAUCCUAUAUUGUCACAAUGCAAACGUAUCAAAUGGCGAUAAUUUUACUGUUCGAGACAUGCGACAGCCUCAGUUGUCGGGAGAUACAGAACACGCUGCAGCUGAAUGAUGAGACGUUUCAGAAGCAUAUGCAGCCAAUGAUUGAGUCAAAGCUGUUGAAUGCCAGCUCAGAGAAUCUCGCCGGGGAGACACGUAUCGACUUGAAUAUGGAUUAUACAAAUAAGCGUACGAAGUUUAAGAUAAGCUCGGCCCUACAAAAGGAAACGCCCCAGGAGGUGGAGCACACGAUUAACUCGGUGGAUGAGGAUCGCAAGCUGUUCCUGCAGGCAGCUAUUGUGAGAAUUAUGAAGGCCCGCAAAGUGUUGAAGCAUAAUGCGUUAAUACAAGAGGUCCUGUCAUUAUCAAAAGUCAGCUUUACGCCCAAUAUUGCAAUGAUCAAAAAGUGCGUGGAAUCGUUAAUUGAUAAACAAUAUAUUGAGAGAACUGCUAAUUCGGGGGAUGAAUAUAGUUACAUGGCCUAGGACAGCUCUUUGGCGUUUAA